AUGGAAAAUGAGACCGAAAUAUUUAUCACGGAAUUUAUCCUCAUCGGACUUUCCCAGCAACGCAAGACACAGAUUUUCAUUUUUGUUAUCUUUUUGUUUAUGUACGUAAUCACCACUUUGGGGAAUCUCAUUUUAAUAUGUAUGGUCGUAGUCAGCCCUCGCAUGCACACGCCAAUGUAUUUUUUUCUCUGCCAGCUGUCUUUUCUGGAUCUAUGCUAUUCGUCCUGCUCCAUUCCCAAAAUGUUACACGACAUGUUCUCUGCGGGAGGAGGAAGAAUUUCCGUAUUCGGGUGCAUGUUCCAGUCGAGCACAGGCCUCUUCCUAGGACAAACAGAAUGUAUCCUGCUGGCGGUGAUGGCGUACGACCGCUACGUAGCGAUCUGCUUCCCUUUGCGUUAUACCAUCAUUAUGACUUGGAGAAUGUGUCAAAACAUUACGGUUGUUGUAUGGGUGGGAAGUCUUCUCAUGCUGACCCUUCCUACAGUUUCACAGCGUCAUGUUUUCUGCAGAGGAAACAAAGUUGAUCACUUUGCAUGUGAAGCAAUUGCUCUUCUAAAACUGGUAUGUGGAGACACUUCCAUUGAUGAAGCAAUGCUCUUCUUUGGAGGUUUGGUAUAUCUACUAACUCCAUUUUCUUUAAUUCUACUGUCUUACCUGUGUAUUAUUUCAUCAAUCUUAAAAAUCCAUUCUGUGGAUGGGAGGGCUAAAGCCUUUUCAACGUGUGCUUCCCAUCUGACCGUAGUAUUAAUGUUUUAUGGGACCAGUAUGUCUUUGUACCUGGGGCCAACAAAAAAUGUCCCGGGUAAACAGAAAUUUGUUUCUAUUAUUUAUGGUGUCGUGACCCCAAUGCUGAAUCCUAUAAUUUACAGUUUGAGGAAUAACGAUGUUAAAGUAACUAUUAGGAACCUAUACCUUAAGAGUCAGUAA